GUGGAAGAAACUGUUGAAUUCCGUUGUGAUUUUUUUUUUCUAGUUUUUUUUUUUUUCCCGAAAUGGAAGGAUUAACAUUAAUAUAUUAUUUGUUUUUAUUUCUAUAUAUAUGAUGUUUUCCGGAUUCGUUCAUUUCGAAGGACUUUGUUGAAAUAUAUCAAAAUCAGCAACAUGAAAUUGAGGAAAAUAUCGUGCUUGAUAUCCUAAUAGAAAAAAAUAAAAUAUUUGAAGAGAUUUGAAGGCUGUACUAUGGAUGAAUUCGAGAGCUCUUGAUUCAUAGACAUUUUUGAUAAAGCUGAAAUAGUUGCAAUAAAACCAAAUUAUGAUGAAAAUGGACUAAAUAUUAAAAAAAAAAAAAAAAAAAAAAAAACACAAGGAGUGAUACCUAUUCUUAUCUACAAAAAGUUUUCAAAGAUCGGGCUUUCCAGCAACACUACAGAAGAAUGCCCAGAACGGUACAGCUCUGCCUUGUUCAGUGUUGCCUCGUCCAGUUCCUCUCGGUGCUCGUGCUGUGCCAGCCCACGGCAGUACUCGACGCGGGCGAGGGAGGCGACUGCGCCCUCGGCUGGUUCCCUUGCGUGUCCGUGGGUCGGUGCGUCGAGAGGAGGUUCAUCUGCGACGGCUUCGCGGACUGCGUGGACGCCAGCGACGAGUGGAACUGCACCGAUUAUCACGUCGACGACUUCGUUGAUAUGCUGUACCGCAAACGCCCGGACGAAGACUCCGAGAAGCGAAUCGGACAGUGCGAGUUGGAAGAUCCGCCGCCGCAGUGCAGGUGCGCGGACUUCAGCCUUUUCUGCGAGUCCCGAGGGCUCAAAGCGCUUCCGAAGCCCGUCCCUGGCUCUGCGGAAUAUUUAGACAUCUCGGGAAAUACGAUAGAUGUUCUAGAUUCUUCCAGCUUCUCCCCGCUGCCGGAACUGAGGGUCCUUGUCGUGAUCCAUGCGGGCGUGACGGCGCUUCGCAAGGGCGUCUUCUCAUCCAUGGGCGAGAUUGAAGAAAUACACCUGACGGGGAACAACCUCGUUACUCUGGAGAACGGCACGAUGGACGGCACGAGAUCGCUCUCCCACCUCCAGCUGAGCAGCAACAACAUCUCCACAAUACCCGACGGAUUCUUCCACCAAAACGUCCGACUCACGAGGCUUGAGCUCAACGACAAUAACCUGACAGAGAUUCGCCCGGCUAUGUUCUACGGUCUAGUCAGCUUAUUGAACUUAUACAUUGAGCGCAAUAAAUUGGAGUACCUCCCGGGGGGCGUGUUCUCCUCGAUGCCCAGAUUGCAGUUCCUAUACCUGGGAGCCAACCGCCUGCGCACCAUCGCUCCGGGAACAUUUAAUGGCCUUUUCUACCUCCAUUUGCUGUCCCUGGAGAGGAACGAACUGCGAAACCUCGAUAACGGAACCUUCGAAGGGCUGGAAUCCGUGAAGACGCUGUGAGUAUCAAGGCCACGUGACACUCCCCCUCCC